UUCCAUUCGGCUCGUCUGCCCCCGUGCUAAUCCCCGGCUAUUCUCACCCGCGACCUUCAGCUCAAUGCUAAUCGGACCAGCCAGAAAAAGUGUCUGGGGAGAGUGAGCAGAACGAGAGCGAGAGAGAGGCCGGGAGAGAGCAGGAGUCAGUCACACUGUUCCUCAGUCCUCUGGGAGUCUUACACUGGUUAGUUGAUAGAGUUUGGGAGAGUUGUGAAAGUAUGUUGCUGCUAAACUUCAGCUGGCAUUUUAUAUGAGGAGCUGCAUCUGCAUCUGAUUGGGAUGAAUGAAUGAAUGAAGCUGAGCCACUCUGGAGUUUUGAGAAUUUUCUUUACUGUACUCAGAUAAAGCUGGAUGGCAGGCUGUGAAGGUGUGAGGUAUGAGGGGCAGGGUGUGUAGAGGCCAUGCAGGGUGAGGAACGGUCAAUAGGGCCUGAUGGAGGUCCAGCAGGGCUGGAGAAAACAGAAACACAGCAUGAAGCCGAGGAGGCUCCCACGGUCCUGUUGCAGGAGGUCAUCUGCUCUCCAGCUACUGCACCAUCAUCCAUGGUCUCGGCAACCAGCUGCAGCAGUCUGAAUGGAGAGGAGCCCUUCUGCCGGAUUUGUCACGAGGGCCUCAGUGCAGGGGACCUGUUAUCCCCGUGUGAGUGUGCAGGGACACUGGCCAUGGUGCACCGGGUGUGUCUGGAGCACUGGCUCACUGCCUCCGGCACCAGCCACUGUGAACUCUGCCACUUCGAGUUCGCAUUGGAGCGCCUGCCAAAGCCUUUCACUGAGUGGCUGGCCACUCCAUCCAUGCAGAGGCGGACGCUGUGCGGGGAUGUAAUCUGCUUCCUGUUCAUAACACCUCUGGCCAGUCUGUCCGGCUGGCUCUGUGUACAGGGAGCUCUGGACCUCUACUACAGUAACGGCAUGGAGGCGUUCGGACUGCUCAUGCUCACACUGGCCCUCUUUACCAUCUACCUCUUCUGGACUGUUGUGUCCCUGCGUUACCAUGUUCACCUGUUCAAGAGCUGGAGAGAAACCAACCCCAGAGUGAGGCUGCAGACACCCAGACCUGCACAGACCCCCCAGCGCCAACAAAACCUGGCACUGCACUUCUUAUUCAAGGACAAAGGCAAGGAGACUGUGGUGUAGUUGCUGUGGAAGGACACCUGCGAGGACAAGAUACCAGCACUGAGAUUAGACCGUGACCGUGGCUUAGACCUGAUUGUACAAUCAACUUUUAAAAACACAUCAGUGAGCCAGCCAACCCCGGUUAACGCUGUUAAUUGUUUUGACCAAAAUUAUCGACUUUUGAUGGAUUACAUGAAUAUCUUGUUUAUCAAGACACUCUCAGAAACUCAUCUGGAGCUGUGAUUGGCCAGGAUCCUUAUGGCACACAGUAAAAUAUGCAUUGUAAAAGGUCAACAAUUACCCAAUAAUGAACAAGAGUGGAUAUAAGGCCUUGUUUUGAACUGGAAUAAAACUGGACAUUCCUCAAGGAGUAAAAAAAAAAUUUAAAAAAUGGACCGCAGCACAAAUCAAACGGAGGAGGAAUAUUUCCAUGUUUAAACGCUGAACUGUUCCUUUCCAUGACUGUACUGGAACUGCAUUGUUAUUUAUAUAUGUGCUUUAAUAAUCUUCUUUUAGAACAGCUGUAGAUAAUCAGCAGAAAACCAAACAUCCACUUCAUUGCAAUCUUUAUUAAGUUU